AGUGUCAGAUAGCUAGUGAAUAUGCAGAAUUUCAUCUAUCCAGGCAUUAAUCCUGUUCCUAAACUCAUAGGCACAAUUUCAAAGAUCAAAUCUUUAUGUGAAGCUCCAAAUUUGAGAUAACAGGCAUUUCCCCCCUUCCACCCAUUCUUUCUUGCUUUCCAUGGAUAUUUGAAAAAGGCUGCCCUGGAACUGAGGGGACUUACCUUUUUUUGGCAACUGUAGCAUUGCUUAAGAUUAAUUAUCUCUUUACAAUGACAAGAAAAUGAAGAAGUGGUGGAAGGAUGCUGAAGGGCUAGUCUCUCUAUUAAUCUGUGAUUACUGUAUGAUAUUAGCUCCUGUUCAGUCUCCCUGUUAGCAAAGUGUGAUUGUGAGGUAUCUUCACACAUGGCAUUGCAUCAUAAUGUGGCUUAUGAGGGUUUGGCAUAAUGUUUUAUAUACAUUAUUCACUGUGAUUUGUAAACCCAAUUUAUGGUGUAAAACAGUGUCUGAACCAGAUCAUUCUCUUUGCAUAUGUAUAUCUAGAUACAAGACGUUAAUUUUUACCAAUAUUCACUACCAGUUUGAUGUUGUUAGAGUUUUCUCAGAGGCCUUUCAAGAACAUGCAGACCCUGAGACCCAUCUGUGAGGUUGGAAGCAAAUUAUCCCUCUCUGUGUGGGAGCUUGGACAAGGGAAAGAACAUAUUCAAAAUUGAUAAAAGGAUUUGUAUGGGAUUGAAAGCAGAGCCAAAUUUGAAGUAAUAUCCCUGAACCUGAAUAGAUGGCUCUUCAGCUUCAUCCCCCUGCUUUAAAUAUCUCUCCAGUAGAGGCUAAGAAAUUGUGUUUUAAUGGAACACCCUGGAUUUGGCAUCUUCUUGGAGAAUGUGUCAGGAAUGCAUGGGAGUAUUGGAGCAUUCUGCUGGGACUGAUCUCCAUUGCCUGCUUUCUGUUUGCUGCACUGCCUCAGCUCUAUGUAGCCUACCAGAAUGGAAAAGUGGAGCAAGCACUCUCUUUGGGUUUUCUGCUGUGUUGGCUUGCAGGAGACCUCACCAAUUUUAUUGGGUGCUAUUUGACAAAUCAACUUCCAAUACAGACUGUAACUGCAAUUUUUUAUAUUAACAUGGACAUAAUUGUGAUAUCUCAGUUUUUCUACUAUAAGUUAAAAAAUCAGAAGAUAACAAAAUGCGGAAUGAAGUAUUCUUGUAUAGCCUGGGUCAUGAUAUGCUUACUACUCUGUUUACUCUUACCUACUCAGCUAUUAAUGAGAAAUAAAGUCCAGAAUACUAUUUUGGGAUCCAAUAAGAAGUCUCAUGGCAUUGUUGAAACAUCAGGCUUCAUUUGUGGCUAUUUAUCGUGUGUGUUUUACUUGGGAUCUAGAAUUCCUCAGCUCUAUAAAAAUUUCCAAAGAAGAUCGACAGAUGGGACAUCUUAUCUUUUGUUUGCAUUAGCCAUGAUAGGAAAUGGCACAUAUGGCCUGAGUCUUGUCUUAAAGUUACCUGCAACACAAUAUCUUAUAAGUCUUUAUUUCUGGCAUCAUCUCCCUUGGUUUAUUGGGAGCUUUGGAGUAUUGUUACUAGAUAUUUUUAUAACUGCACAAUUCAUUAUAUACAGACAACAAAACAAGAGACUUGGUUCAAUGGCCUUGGAGGUGGAACCCUUGCUGAUAAAUGAAGAUUCUUAAUGUGCACAUUUCUUUGGUGUCGCAUUCUUUUAGAGUAACUUGGAACUCUAGUUAAGUAGAUUGUUGAUUUGCAUAGAUCAAUUCUGGAUCCCUGCCAGUAUAUUCAUUCUGAAGUCUUGAUAACUUUGUAAGCAGGGAAUGGUGCUAAUUAGGUUCUUAAGUGAUUGCCAUAUUAUUAACAUUAGUCUUAAAGCUGAUUUAUGAUUAAUCUUAAAUUAUUGCAACAAGUAAUGAAGCCAAAACUAAAAGUUCCAGGGCAACUACAUUGCUUGGAUUUUAAGAAUUGUAACUCUUAGAUAUUACCCAAUUUUUGGAACAUUGGAUACCAGUUAUUGUUAUUUCCCUUUUUUAUUGGUGUUAAUUGUUAAAUAAAUUUACAGUUGCAUAUAUAGUUCUUGACAAUUUAUACAAUGUAAUGCAUGCUAACCGUGGCCAAUGCAAUAUCAUUUACUAAAAAGCUUCCGGUACUGUA